AUGACAAAAAUACCUCUUGCCAAUAAGGCACUCAUUAUGUGCUUUUGGACUAGCUCUAUUGUAGUUCUUCUGCUGGUAAUUGGCGGUAUUGUGCUGCUGGAGUUUAGGGCAUGUCAAAAAGACUUUUCCGAGCCAAGUACUGAUGAUAAAUCGUCCUCAGAUGCUUCGCAUAGAGAUAUAAGACUAUCUGUGGCUCAGCAACGCUUUCGCCAUAACCGAAUUGGAUCCUCGCCACUCUUCAAUGCCCGAUGUCCGCCCGCCAAUCCCAAAGUUAUUGGGCCUACAUAUCGCACCAGAGCUAAGAACUACAAUGAUUAUCUGGACUAUAAAAAGCUCCAUCUUGACUGCACUCGGAAUAACCCAACUUAA